CUUGAACUGUCAGCUAUGUUCGGUUGAUAAGGAUUUCAAGAGGGUUUGGCAGGUCAUGCUUUUGCGUGCCCCUCCACCAUCUGGACAUGUUGUUGCCGUGCCCCCUUCUCUCUCGCCGGAGCGCCCCGGCCCCUAUAUGACCACCGGUGCCACCCUGAUCUCGUCGGGGGGCCACCGGAGGUUGGUGCACUGCUGGUUCUCGAGCUAUCUAUCUAUCACCGUAGAAGGGGAGCGGAAGGAGGGUGCCAUCCGGCAUGGGGCGGCCGCCGUGCUGCGACAAGGCGAACCUGAAGAAGGGGCCGUGGACGGCGGAGGAGGACGCCAAGCUGCUGGCCUACACGGCUACACCUCCGACAGACUACUUUUUCUAACAGAUCUGAAUAGCCGUCCUAAAUUAAUAGGAUUUGGCACAAAAUGCUCUACAUGCAUUGAGCGUAACAUGAAAGUACGUGUCCUUGUUGGGUGCAUGCAGGUGGUCUCUGAUCGCGAACCAGCUGCCGGGGUGGACGAACAACGACGUCAAGAACUACUGGAACACCAAGCUGAGCAAGAAGCUGCGGCAGCGGGGCAUCGACCCCAUCACCCACCGCCCCAUCGCCGACCUCAUGCGGACCAUCGGCACCCUCGCCAUCCGCCCGCCGCCCAGCGCCGCGGCUACGAUGCCCCUCCACUGAGCCGGAGGAGGAGCCGCCCCGCAUAGUGCCAACGCUGACCUCGCAGCCCCGUUCAAGUGCCAGGAUUGCCAAAACAGCAAUCGGCCUCACCCAGCAACAGAAGGCGCAUGCGAGGUUGGCCCAGCAACUGCUCUUCAUCGACGGACCUGAAGAGUUCAACUCCACUGUGCGCUCCCGCUACGUCGACAGGUCCAAGGCGCCUCUUGGCAAGCUCACUGUCACCCUUGCCAAGGCUACCGGGGUGCGUUCCAAGGCCAAGAUCAACCUGCCUGAGGCCUUGUUUGAUGCGCAGGGUUUGAGAAGGUUUGUAGAGGAUUAUCCUCGAGGGGAUCAGAAUCCCCGCGAUUCCCCGCAUGUUCAUUUGGUGUACGGGGUUUGUGGUGACCAAACCCCUUCAAUCCUCUCUAAUCCCCCUCGAUUUCUUCCUACCCACGCGCGGCGGCUCAGAAACCUUGUCUCAUGGUUCAGGGAUUUAACAAUUGAGGGGAUUUGAGAGGAUUUGGGUGGAAGGAAGGGAUUCACCCAAUCCUCUGAAAACCCCCCUCCACAAUCCUCCCCAACC